AGAGAGAGAGAGAGAGAGAGAGAGAGAACACGAAUCAAUCCUAUUAGUAAGAAAACACAAGGGCUUUGUGCUGGGAAGCUCCAGACUUCCCUUCCUUGGGGCGAGGAGCCCUGUUCUUUAUGCAGUGCGGGCAGCCAUCAUAGCAGGGCAUAGGGCUGGGUGGCCAAGGGCUGCCUGCGGGGGCAGGUGUGGAGCUCCUGCCCUGCUGACAGUGUUGAACCCUCCUUCAGCACCCGGGGUGCCAGCCCUGUCACUAGCCCCACGCUGACAAAAGACUUUUCUCACUUGUCAGUUCUUGCUUAUCAGCAGGGCUUGCUGGUAAGUGAGGGGCAUUAAGGCGGGGCAGGCAGGGUGCAGGGCGGAGCCAGGCAGGGGUCUGAGUGCCCCGCGGUUCAUCCCGUAGUUCUGGUUCAUCCUACUCCACCCACCUUCCCACUUUCUCCCCCUCUCUUUACUACCCAGUUCUCCUUUUGCCUCUAAAUCCUCCGGGGACCGCAGGUAGCUUCCGUGGCUUCGUUUAAAGGAAAAAAGAACAGGAACAGACUCCGGGUCCUACGCACAGUCCUUAUCCCGGUCCCUGGCAGUAGUGAGCAUCAUGGCUGGUUUCCGCAGCUGCCUCCAGCGCGCACCUGGGACCGGAGUCCUCUGUGAUCCUAGCAGGCUCUGAGCCAUCUCUGGGGACGCUUGCAGGGGAAGUAACAAAGUGACUGAAAGACUCACUGGGCUGGACCCAGCAAAGAGAGGUGGCUGGGCAGGGACUACACAAACUCUCUCCACCUCACCCCCAGUGAGAACCUGCAGCUAUGGAGUCUCCAACAAAGGAAAUUGAAGAAUUCGAGAGCAACUCUCUGAAACACCUGCAACCCGAGCAGAUCGAAAAAAUCUGGCUUCGGCUCCGUGGGCUGAGGAAAUAUAAGAAAACGUCCCAGAGGUUACGGUCUUUGGUCAAGCAAUUAGAGCGAGGAGAGGCCUCUGUGGUAGAUCUUAAGAAGAAUCUGGAAUAUGCAGCCACAGUGCUUGAGUCUGUAUAUAUUGAUGAAACAAGGCGCCUGCUGGAUACAGAGGAUGAACUUAGUGACAUUCAGUCAGAUGCUGUGCCUUCUGAAGUUCGGGAUUGGCUGGCCUCCACCUUCACUCGGCAGAUGGGGAUGAUGCUUAGGAGAAGCGAUGAGAAGCCCAGGUUCAAGAGCAUUGUCCAUGCAGUGCAAGCUGGGAUAUUUGUGGAGAGAAUGUAUAGACGGACAUCAAACAUGGUUGGGUUGAGCUAUCCACCGGCUGUAAUCGAUGCACUGAAGGAUGUGGACACAUGGUCCUUCGAUGUCUUUUCCCUCAAUGAGGCCAGUGGAGAUCAUGCUUUGAAGUUCAUUUUCUAUGAAUUACUCACACGUUAUGACUUGAUCAGCCGUUUUAAGAUACCCAUUUCUGCACUUGUCUCAUUUGUGGAGGCCCUUGAAGUUGGUUACAGCAAGCACAAAAAUCCUUACCAUAACCUGAUGCAUGCCGCCGAUGUCACACAGACUGUGCAUUACCUCCUUUAUAAGACGGGAGUAGCAAACUGGCUGACGGAGCUGGAGAUCUUUGCAAUAAUCUUCUCGGCUGCCAUCCAUGACUAUGAACAUACUGGAACUACCAACAAUUUCCACAUUCAGACUCGGUCGGAUCCAGCUAUCCUGUACAAUGACAGAUCUGUACUGGAGAACCACCACUUGAGUGCAGCCUACCGUCUUCUCCAGGAAGAUGAAGAGAUGAAUAUUCUGGUCAACCUCUCAAAGGAUGACUGGAGGGAGUUUCGAACUUUGGUAAUCGAGAUGGUAAUGGCCACAGAUAUGUCCUGUCAUUUCCAACAAAUCAAAGCCAUGAAGACAGCCCUGCAGCAACCAGAAGCAAUUGAAAAGCCGAAAGCCUUAUCCCUCAUGCUGCACACAGCAGACAUCAGUCAUCCUGCGAAAGCGUGGGACUUGCACCACCGCUGGACCAUGUCUCUCCUGGAGGAGUUCUUUAGACAGGGUGACAGAGAAGCUGAGCUGGGGCUGCCAUUUUCUCCUCUGUGUGACCGAAAGUCAACCAUGGUUGCUCAGUCACAAGUGGGUUUUAUUGACUUCAUUGUGGAACCUACCUUCACUGUGCUCACGGAUAUGACUGAGAAGAUUGUGAGUCCAUUAAUCGAUGAAACCUCCCAGACUGGCGGGACAGGCCAGAGGCGAUCAAGUUUGAACAGCAUCAACUCAUCCGAUGCAAAGCGAUCAGGUGUCAAGAGUUCUGGGUCAGAAGGAAGUGCUCCCAUCAACAAUUCUGUCAUCCCUGUUGACUACAAGAGUUUUAAAGCCACUUGGACCGAGGUGGUGCAGAUCAAUCGGGAGCGGUGGCGAGCCAAGGUUCCCAAAGAAGAGAAAGCCAAGAAGGAAGCUGAAGAGAAGGCUCGCCUAGCUGCUGAGGAAAAGCAAAAGGAAAUGGAAGCCAAAAGCCAAGCUGAACAAGGCACAACCAGCAAAGCUGAAAAAAAGACAUCAGGAGAAACAAAAGGUCAAGUCAACGGAACACGCACAAGCAAGGGUGACAACCCUCGUGGGAAGAACUCCAAAGGCGACAAGGCAGGCGAAAAGCAGCAGAAUGGUGACUUGAAAGAUGGUAAAAAUAAGGCAGACAAGAAGGAUCACUCCAACACCGGAAAUGAGUCAAAGAAAGCAGAUGAUCCAGAAGAGUAGAAAAGACCUCACAUAGACUGAGGCUGCCAGUGUCUCCAGCCAUUUUAGCUGAGCUUCUCCAUUCUCCUCCUUCCACAAAGACUCAUAUCUGGGGAAGGUGUACAGCUUUCAAAGCCAAGUCCCACAUUUGGCCUUCUCUCGUCCUCCCAGGGACCUCUGGGGGUUUUGGUUUUAGAACUCUGGGAGAUUUCUUUCCCUGAACACACAAAACCCACUUGUGGGUUCCUUGCGUUCUGUUUAUUUUCAUUUUGGUUUUGUCCCAUCCCCACCCUAGCAGAAAUCAAACAUGAAAGGCCGUUUUACAAUCCAUUACUAAUAAUUUGGCUUUCCGGACCUGGGACCUGGUGAAAGGCUGACAUCCUGGAUGCACUGAAUGAGGCCUGGAGACUGCCAUUUUGUUUUUGUUAGUGCUAUUGUCUUAGACUGUUGCCUUUCACACUGGCUCCUGAUGGUAAAUAUAGCCAGGCUGGCCUUCAUCACAACUAAAGUGAAAUGCCAAUCUCUAGGUUUUUUUUUUGUUUGUUUGUUUGUUUUGUUUUUGUUUUUUUGAAUCAGUUGAGAACUUUCUUUUUUUUUCCAAUUUACUUUAUGACUUAAAAUUAAGAACAAUUUUUCCAUUUGUGUAAUUUGUAAUUUUUUAAGAGGAGUUUAUCCUAUAGGACUCUGUAUUUGAUGCUUAAUUUACUAUCUGUAAACUCAUAAAUAUAAACUUGAAUGUCUUAGUUGAUGACCAUACUGCCAGGUGGGUUCCCCAGUGUUUUCACUGGGUGGUACCUAUCACUACAAUGUUGCUGAAAUGUUGACCACCAUUGCCUGGUCAUUUUCUUUUGAAUAUCUGUAAAUUGGUCUCAUUAAUUUAAAAGCAUUUUAGAAAGGGAAAUGAUAAGGGACCCAUCAUCAGAGAGCUGAGUCAGGUAAUAAUUUUCAUUUCAGUGAAAUUUGAACACAACAAAGGAGUUGAUUAAUAGCACAAAUACAAAAUAAAGAUAAGAGAUUUGGCAGGGAAAGGAAAUAAAAAUAGAUUGUCCUGAAACCAAACAGAAAGUGGAAUCCAGUGGAAUACAAGGAAGGUAUGAUUUUUCUCCCAUGGUUUGAUUUGAAUGUAUUUUUCUUAUGUAGUUUUAGGUCCAUUCUGAAAGUAAUGCAUGUCUUAUAGGAUUAAUGUCAGGAAGAAAGUAAACUAGGUGAUGGGCUUAGAUGAAUUCCACAGAUUUGAUUUCUACAUUAAAAACAUAAAGUCAGAUACUUUAAAGUAUCUGUAUUACUGAAAUAAAUUGUUGUUGUUUCUUCAGAGGUUACAGAAGAGUGUGUAUGGUCCUUAGGACCUCUUGGCUCAUAGAAACAGGCUUCAGCAGGAAGAUGGGAAGAAAGUUGUUGCCUGGAACACACAGAACCUGAUGUUUACAGGCUUUUUCUCUGUUGGUUGUAUAUUGGGCCUCAUCACGAUACUGAUGCUUCUUCAUUGCUCUACCUGCCUUCCUAACUAAAUCAUGAGAUUUCAGAUUUAAAUGACUUUGGGAGGAUAGAGGGAGGACCAAAUAUAUGAUUAGAACAAGCCAUGUGAUAUCUAAUUAUUGUAAUAUAGGGCAGUAGGAUGGGCCAUGGUAUUAUUGAGACAGUAAGAAAGAGUGAGAGUGUUGGAAUACUGAAAAGGUGUGGCAGUGAGGGAAGAGCGAGAAUGCUUGGGAAUUGGUGAGGCUGGGUGUUAGUGAAGAGUAAGGAUGAGGAGGAGCUGCUGAGGGAGAUGCCAGGGUAAAAAGGCAGCAGCCAGUAUCAUGGGCUAUAUCUGUGCUGUGUAGAAACGGGUCUGAUGUACACAGGAUUUUAUGUAAAUCUCCUCCAAAGUUUUACACAUUGGCUUCUAAUUCAGAUGCUCACACUGCAGUAGUGAAACAAAAUGUGCUUAUGAGCUGCAUGCCACCCAGGGAUCACCGAAUUGCAAACUGUGUUCUUAAAGGUAGCGUGAUUCUGUGUGUCAAUUCCAUGCAAUCGAGUGUAUGCAGUUUAUGCCCUUGGAACAUGGGCCUUUUACCUCACGUCUAUUCUGUAUCUUUUGUAUGUGAAGCAUUUGGGCAGUUGAUACAGAAUGCCUACUCCUUCAUUUUAUAAUCUAGCAAAUAACACUAAAGAAUAUUUGAAAAGAAAUAGGAACAUAGCCAUUUCUCUAGAAUCAAUGAAGACGCAAAGGAUUUAAAUUUGCUGUUAGCCAUUUCUUAGCUGAAAAAGCAUAGGAAGAGAGCUUCACACAUCACACUUUUCUUAGAACGCCCAAAAGGAACAAAAGCUCUGCUUAGUCUCAGCUUUCAAAUUUCUCAAGUGUUAAAGCACAUUGAAUAAAAAUGCAAAGCCAUUUGUUUAAAAGCACAUUACUGUGCUCUAAACUUAUCCUAGACCUGAUAACACAUUGGAAUAAUUAUUCCAGGUCAGUAUUUACAGGAAGAAACAAUAUUUCCAAAGCUCUAGCAUGUUUUAUGUGGGUUUGGCUUUUCUUGAAACAGCUUCUCCUAAGUUUAGCAUUGAUAUCCAACCAGCAUCAUCCUACUACCCCAAUCAUCAUCUUGCUCUGGUUUGUGUGCGUAGUGCAGCCUUGCACACCAGAGUUACAAUAAGCAACAGUGGACACAGCAGUGGCCUCAUACUCAUUAGUAUUCUAAUAAAUACUUUUCAUGUUUCUGAGUAUAAUAACUGGAAUCGUCACUUGAGUUGUAUCUUCAUAUGACCAAACAAGCCUAUUAUCCAAGUUAGGUCACUAUGGUCUCAUCUUGGGACAGAGGAACUGAUCCUUACAAAGUUCUGGUUUUUAUUUCUUAUUUGUGGCUGCCUUUCCUGUGAGUCUCGAUAACUCAUAGCAUCAAUUAAAAGAUACAUUUCUAAACCAUUAAAGCACUUUUUCCACUGGCCGUUUUGUUCUUGGAACUUUUCAAAGACUUUUGAAGAUAUCUGACAGGAUUUUGCGCACAUCUCCCUUCAACCAUUAAAGUCAUCAUACUGAGCACCAAAGUCAAAGGCAAUCUAGUGUGGCAGGUUCAUCUCAUUUGUAGAAUCUCAGACAUUAUGUUUUCCACCUCCAGCCAUGCCAUUAGAAAAUGUAAAAAGGAAAAGAUACUGUUAUCAUACAGUAUGAGGGGUGGGGGCUAUUUUGUGCUCCACAUUCUGGCAUUUAGGAACCUGAACUCUCUUCUCUCCUGGAUAACUUUUCCUUAGAUAGACUUAAUGCGUUGGUAGGAGGAUGGAUGGAUAGACAAAUAAUAUGUAUCUUCCUCUGGCGUUUGUUAAUGUGUGAGUAGAGAUUUUGAUAGUGAGAAACAUUUUACAAUGUUCUUUCAAUGAGUGUGAGGAGAAUGAAUAAUAAAAACUAGAAAAUCUUUUCACAUGACGAGACAGAAGAUUCCAAGAUGGGAAGUCUGAGUAUAGCAUACUUUUCCAAAUAAAAGAGAUUGGGGGAGUACCUUUAUUCCCAGUCAGACUCUCCAUUCUAUCUCUGAGAUGCCCACCCAUGCUACAGGAAUUAGGGUCUGUCACAGUGCCUGGCACCCAGCCAACACUCAGGAAACAUGGGAGAACUGUCAGGUGGAAUCACACUGUCCCCUUUCAAUUCAAACAAAGUUCGAAAUUUCUUUACAACAUAUUCCACAUCUCCUCCUUCCAUACAGCUGUAUUCGUGAGACUUGCAUUCUGGGAAAAGGCGGACAUACUCUAAUUACACCAAUCGUUUAUCACAAAAGAGAGGACGCAGCAGGCUAUUUGGGGGGAAAUUGUUAGAGCUAACAAGUGGAUAAAAGUAUAUAAAAUAUUUUCUGUGGCCUUUAAAUGUGAGAAAGAACAACAGCAACAACAAAUCAAAUUAAUGAAGUGAAGUUUUUCAGAGACUGAACCAAGAGGGAUGAUGCCACAGACCUGCGUGAAACACUCAUGACUCUGCUCAGAACCCAAGUUGAAACUUGGACUUUCUUACAACAAAUAGGAAAUACUAUCCAUGCAGCAUGAGAAACCCCUGCUUGGUCUGCUCUGCCAGUGUGGUGGGCACAGGGCCCAGCUGCUGUGAAGCCGAGUGUUGUUGAAUAUAAUGUUUCAAUAAUGAUGUUGUAUUGGUUCUUCUUCUUGAACAAAUGGAAAAUUAUACUUGCAAUCCAUCAACAGCCAUCCAUGAUUAAAGCCUCAUGAGCACUGAAAAAGAGAGCAUGCUGAGCUGCCAGUAAUAAAAAGCACCAACACUCCUGUGAAACCAGGAGACUCACUACCCAGUGUCCAAGGUGGGCACCGAGGUGUCCCUGGAGGCAGGAUGGAACCAGGGCCAUCUACUGAUUUUACUGCAGUGUUUAACAACCGUGAGUGAGGUUAGGAAAAGGGGAGCUUCUCAAUGGUCAUUUGUAUGGGGAAUGUGCUCUCCAGAAGAUCUCCUGUGAUGAACAAAACCAGCUCCAUUUAAGAACUUGUUUUCUCAGGAAACAAUGGUGAGGGGCAGCAGCAGGAGACCUGGAUGGAGUUCAUGGUCAGGCUUUAAAGAUUAAGUCCUGAUUAUCUUCUAAUAUCAGCCCUGCUUCACUUAAAAUAUUGGCACACAUAUUAGAGAUGAAUUGGCAUUAAUUGUGGCUUUUGUUCAAGCGGAAGUGGGUUAACACGGGCAGGGGCAGGUUUUCCUGAUACAACUGUUCCCAAACUAAGUGGCCAUUGCAGAGUCAGAAACAGUAGGAUGGUGGAACCUUUCAGCUCAUCAAGAACACACUUGCCUAGUUUCUCUCCUGGGGAUCCCUCUACCUUCUGGGUGAUUGUUGACUGUAACAGUCCACAGUCAGUGUCAGUAUAGGACAUCUUUUCCGGAGUGCUUGGGCUCAGCUAUUGCCUCUGAGGCUCCCACAUCUACUUACUCUACAUGGGAGCUGAUGUCUACACUUGCAAAAUAUGCACAGGCAAGCUCACUGGAACCCUGUGACUGGAAUGGCUUUUAACCAAGUGCUCAGGGGGCAUUCUUCUGCUUAGAUCUGUUCUUCUUGUGUGCUCUAUACUAGGGAGGGGGCCUUGUAUACCACUACUCUUGUCUUCAAAUAGGUACAUGUGUGAUAUGUGUGAUGAUAUUAAAAACCACACAUUAAUACGUACAUAGCUUUAUGGUGAAAAUCUACAGCCAUACAAAUCAUCCAGUGAUGGACUCUAGAAACAGACUACAGAGAAUUUCUUUGUUUUUUUUUCUUCUUGUUUUGAUGCUAUUUUAUACAAUUUUAUAUGCUGUAAGAUUUUAAAAUAUUUUUGCUAUUUUCCUCUGUAGAUCUUGGCUCGGGUUGUCUUAGCCCUUGUGUUCCCCUGUACAGUGACACCCCUGUUUCAGUGUUUGAAGUAUCCUCUCCCUGCUUCAUGCCCUUCCCUUUGUAGUUUCUGUCAUGCCUCACAUUUUCUGUCAUUUCCCAAGUCUCUUCAGUGGUUUCUGCCCAGAUAAGUCAUGUUAAUUGCAAUUGUCAUUCGAGCACUGAGAAACAAAAAUAAUGAGGGUGGGGGCACACUUUCUAGUGUAACCCAAAUGAAGUGGUAAGUGUCUAAAGCAAAGUGGAGCUAUAUGCGGAGGAAGGGAUAGAUUGGUGAACAGAAGCAAGGACAGGGAAAUCAGAAUGGGAGGAAAUUAUGCAAAGCAAGGUGAAUCACUUCUAGGUUAUUACUAUGUUUUGUCUUCCUUGAUUGUAGGACAAUUCUCUUUUUUCUGUUACAAGGAUUUUCUCCUCUGGAUGUUACGUUCUCACCAUGUAUCAGUAGACUCACUCAUUCCUUGUAGGGAGCUGCCCUGGCCCUGGCUGUAUGGAAAUGGAAGGUAGAAACCUUUCCUAAGCCUUAGAUAAUGCUGCUGUUAAGAUCUAGACAGCUAGGUUUGUGGCAAGUGUCUGAAAUGGAAGCAAGAACAUUUAGCAGAACUCUGAAGAAGGAAGGCUGCUAGUCCUCCAGACUUUUCUCAGAUUGUGCCACAUGCCUAGUUGUUGGGGAGGGGUAAGAAAUGUGUGGUUGUGUACUAUAGAUGCCAUCCCAGAAAGGAAGAUGGAAAAUGGCUUCUCUUUACUUCAUGGCACCAUAUCACAUACUUCCCUAAUGUGAAUGAAAUCUCAGGCAGACAUAAUGCAGGUUUCCGUUUCCAUCUAUCCAUCACAGAGCAAGGGAAUGACCAUCCAUUCUAAGGAAACAUGUUCUGUCCCCUACGGUGCUGUCGCUUCAUGCUAAAAGUUGUUCACACACUGUAACAUCACACCUCCAAAUGCAAACUCAAAACACAGGAUUCAUGUAAAACAGAGAGUGCCAAACUGCUGUUAAAAGAUUAAAAAUAUGUUUAUUGUAAAACUUUAUUGCACAAAAGAGCCUGAUAAUCCUUCAUGUAUAAUUCCUCCUAGCAUCUAGUGAUAAAUUAUUGUAUGUUCCUCUAAUUGUCAAAUAAAAACAUUAGUUAGCCCCUUCAUUGGAAUUCGAAACAAA